AUAUAGAGUGCGGGGUGCGGUGCUGGUUGCUGUGAGCUUCACUCGGCGCGCUCCUCUACUCUUCAUAGAAAACUACUACACUACACUGACAGCUCCCUACAGCUACUGCUGUGAAGUGGAGCUCUUUUAUUAUCCAGCACUUCUACAUUAGCUUUAAACUCAGCUCCGGUCCUCGCCGAGAUCAUGUCUCGCUUUAAAAGAGGAGCAGGGCUGGACUCCAGAGCGGGAUUCAGGCAGCAGAAGGAGGAAUGCCCGGUACCCAACGGGCUGCUGAAGGGCGCCAGACAGAGCGGACAGUUAAAUCUGUCUGGGCGCGGUCUGACAGAAGUUCCCCAGAGUGUAUGGAGGCUGAACAUUGACCCGCCUGAGGAAGCCCAGCAGAACGUGUCUUUCUCUGCAUCAGACCGAUGGUGGGAACAGACAGAUUUAACCAAGCUUCUGCUCUCUUCAAACAAGCUGGAAACACUGUCUGAAGAUGUUAAACUUCUACCCGCCCUAGUCGUCCUGGAUAUUCAUGACAAUCAGCUCAGAACACUGCCAGCAACUAUUGGGGAGUUGGAGCAGUUACAGAAACUCAACCUGAGUCACAAUAAAAUGACAGAUCUGCCUUUGGAGCUGUGGAAUCUUACAAAUCUGCGAUGUCUCCAUCUCCAACAGAAUUUACUCGAACAACUACCAUCAGAAUUAGGACAGCUCUGUCAAUUGGAGGACCUUGAUCUCUCCAACAACAAAUUAAUCAUUGUACCGGACGGGCUGGCGAACCUCAACAACCUCGUAAAACUUAAUCUGUCCUUCAACAGUUUGAAGAGUCUGCCGUCUGCAAUCAGUGAAAUGAAGAACUUGAGAAUGCUGGACUGCUCUCGAAAUCAGUUGGAGAGUGUACCACCCGUUCUGGCCCAGAUGGCUUCUCUUGAGCAGCUGUACUUGAGGCAUAACAAACUGCGCUUCCUCCCGGAGCUGCCUUCCUGCAAAACACUGAAGGAACUUCACUGUGGUAAUAAUCAGAUCGAGGUUUUGGAGGCAGCACACCUAAAGCACCUGAGCGCUCUGAGUGUUCUGGAGCUGAGAGAUAACAAGGUGAAGAGUCUUCCUGAGGAAAUAACCCUACUGCAAGGCCUGCAGCGCCUGGAUCUUACUAACAAUGACCUCAGCAGUAUACCGUGUGGUCUUGGAAACUUGCCUAAGCUUACGUCCCUGACCCUGGAGGGCAAUCCUCUGAGGACGAUCCGCAGAGAGCUCCUUACCAAAGGCACCAGUGAACUCUUGAAAUAUCUUCGAAGUCGGAUACAAGAGGAGCCAGAUGGGAACCUCAAAGAUGAGCCCAAAACAGCGAUGACACUCCCUAGUCAGAGCAGGAUCAAUGUGCACGCCAUCAAAACUCUCAAAACAUUAGAAUACAGUCAAAAACAAGAGGCGGCCAUACCUGAUGAUGUGUUUGAUGCGGUCAGUGACGGUGCUGUUGUCAAUGUGAACUUCAGCAAGAAUCAGCUGACUGAAGUACCACCCAGGAUUGUGGAGCUGAAAGAUACUCUUGCAGACCUUAAUCUUGGAUUUAAUAAGCUUUCUGCAGUUCCUAUAGAGUUUUCCAAACUACAGCAGCUUGUGCAUGUAGACCUCAGGAACAAUCUUUUGACAUCGCUGCCAAUGGAACUGGAAUCUCUUAAGCUGCGGAGCAUCAUACUGUCUUUCAAUAGAUUCAAGGCUUUUCCAGAUGUGCUGUACCGCAUCUUAUCCCUGGAGACCAUUUUAAUGAGCAACAAUCAAGUUGGAGCCAUUGAUCCUCUCCGUCUGAAGUUGCUGGAUAAACUGUCCACUCUGGACCUGCAGAACAAUGACAUCAUGCAGGUGCCACCAGAGCUAGGCAACUGCACCAGUUUGAGGGCUCUGAUGCUGGAUGGAAAUCCGUUCCGUAAUCCGAGAGCUGCAAUUGUAGCUAAAGGAACCGACUCCCUCCUGGAGUAUCUCAGAAGCCGUAUUCCUACAUGAAGUCACGUGGAGUCUUCACUACUCUCACUGCCAUAUUUUCUACCAUAAAACUCAUCCUGCAGAAAGACACACUACUCUGAAUUGUGUCAUAACAUACCAUCUCAGUCACACUGUUUAUCAGAAAUGUGCUUGCUGUCUUUUUUUUUUCUGGCCUUAUUUCAGAAGCCUCCAGAUGCCACAUUAUUUCUUUAAAAAAAGAUCCAGCAUCGUCUGCCAAUUAUUCAUACUUAUUACACACUUUGUACUUUCUGACCAAACAUACAAUAAAUGACACUGCAUUGAUACUCCAUCAUUUAAUAAAUUUA